UCCCUUCUUUGAGUCGUAUCCCCUAUACCCUCUUCCACCCUGCCCCCCUUUCCAUCCCUUCCGUCUGCUUCUCUGCCACCUUCUCCUUUUACUUACCUUCAUUUUUUUCUUUCCUGCUCCUCUUUCCCUCUCUUACAUUAGUUUCACAUCACUUUGGACCAAGGAACCAUCACUCCUCUGUUCAUGCUCUACUUCCUUUUCCUCGUCCUUUUCUGUAAUAUCUCCUUUUGUUUCCCCUACUCUCCGUUGCCACUUCCUACUUUACCUCCCUUUUUCUCCCUGAAGCCACACCUCUUUUCUCACGGAUCCCUCCAUCCUCCCGUUCCCUACCUUUCCCCCUACUUUCUGCUAUCUGUUUCCUCUUUUUUCCUAAUUCAUCCACUCUUCCCUGCUGUUUCCCUCCUUCCUGUUUCCUCCUCUAUCCAACUUCCUCUCCCUCCCUCCAUUCACUCCUCCCCUCUCUCCUGUGUUUAUGUUGGGUGUCAACUCCUGCAAGUCAGUAUGCACCAGAAGUCCUCCUCCUCCUCCUCUUAAUCUAACUCACUUCUCAGCUCUCCCCAAUCCUCCUCCUUGCUCUCUCUCUCUCUCUCACUCUGUCUUUACCUCCCACCCACCGUCUCUAGUCCUUAUUCAGCCUAGAGCUGAGAUGCAUUUGUUUGACUGACCAAAGUCUGGAUAGCGGAGGCUCAGAAAGCUGCUGGACCCACUGAGAGGGAUUUUAAUUGAAAGCAAGUGACGCCCCGAUACAGGGGGACCACACGUGGGCGACCAUGUUGGGGCAGAGCGUGCGGUUGCAACCUGUUCCCAUCCAGAGCUUGUCGGAGUUGGAGCGAGCCAGGUUACAGGAAGUCGCCUUGUACCACUUGGAGGAGCGGGACCUGGACUUCAAGAUCAGCAUCCCUAGAGAAAUACGCAAACGGAGAAAGUCUCUGCGCAGGAAGUUUGACUCCUUUUCAAAGGAAAAGAAAGAGCGAGAAUCAGCUCCCAAGGCAUUUGGCAUCCCGCUCUCCCAGGUCAUCGCCAACGACCGAGCCUACAAGAUCCGGCAGGACGCCCUGAAGGAGAGCAGGCGCGACUGUCUGGACCUGGAAGCCAGCGUUCUGCGCUUCAGGGCCGAGAAGCGCCAAUUCUUCAAUGGGAACAAGCCCCUGGUCAGCUCCUCGUCGCUCACGGGUGGAGGCCCCAGUUCACCAUCCGCAAAUUCUGUGGCACCGGCACCGGUUUCUGGCGCCCACGGCAAACCACUGUCGCCCACAUUUCUGGAUAACACCGGAAGAGGACAGAGGAGGGGUGGCCUGUCUGUGGACUCCAUCUCUGACCUUGUAGAGAGCCAGUCUCGCCUGCUGGAGGCACUGCAGCUCUCCCAUCCAGCCGAGCUGGAGCUGAAGAAGUCACCGGGCUCAUCAGAAGGGCGGACGCAGACCAAGCUCAGCCUCAACCCCAUCUACAGACAGGUGCCUCGAGUCCUGGAGAGGUGCUGCAGUCACAUCGAGAACUACGGUCUUCAGACAGUGGGCAUUUUUAGAGUUGGGAGCUCUAAAAAGAGAGUAAGACAGCUGCGGGAAGACUUUGACAUGGGGGUGGAUGUCCAGCUCGAUGAAGAGCAGAGUGUUCAUGAUGUGGCGGCGCUGCUCAAGGAGUUCCUCAGGGACAUACCUGAUCCUCUGCUGCCCAGAGAGCUGUACCCAGCCUUCCUUCAUGCCAACCUGCUGAGAGGAGCAGACCAGCUUCAGUAUCUCCAGCACCUCCUCUAUCUGCUCCCUGCCUGUAACUGCGACACACUGCUGCGCCUCCUCACCUUGCUACACACCGUGCAGAGCUUCGCCCAGGACAGCAUAGGGACCAACGACGAGGAGAUCCCCGGUAACAAGAUGACAGCUGCUAACUUGGCCGUGAUCUUCGGGCCGAAUCUGCUCCAGAGGGAACGAGGAGGAGAGACAAGUCCUCAUGCGAUGGGCAUCGAGGACAGCACAGCGAUUAUCAGCGUCACUCUGGUGCUCAUACAGAACUACAGGAGACUCUUCACGGUAUCUGCAGAGCUGCAGCAGGAAGUCCUGAUGAGUCUGAUCCAGACCGACCCAGACAUCAUCGACUAUCUGUUGCGCAGGAAACUCAGUGGUAGUCACCUGACGGUGGACAGCAGCAGUGAGUCAGGGGGUCGUCGAGACACGGGGGCAUCUCUGGACUCUGUGGGAGCUUCCAGCGGGAGUCUGUCGCCCCUGGAGCCCCCGUCACCUCUUUUCCCUCCGGAUGGCAGUGGUGGUGAGGGAAGCCUGACCAGCGAGGUCUUCCUCAACGUCCUGAAACUGAAUCAGAACCGGAAGCGUCAGGAAACAAGAUACGGUGAGGUUCCUCCGGGUAAAUCCAUUCGCCACAUGCGGCAGUUCCACUCCCACCACAACCUCCUUAGCCUGGCCCAGCAAACCUCCUCGUCCUCUGCCACCACCAGGCUCCACAGUCAGGACCUGGAUAACCAAGAGCGCAGGGGCCCGUUGAGCUCCACACUGAGCUUCGCUCUGGGCGGGGGAAGCUGCUCCAGCCUGAGCGGCUCCACCGAGAGCAGCAUCUGGGUGAGGCAGACGCCGCAGGAGGAGAGCAAACCGUCGCCAGCCGCUAAUUUCUGGGACUUCUUCACCGGGAAAGGGUCGAGCUCAGAGACGAUGGUAUGAGGGAAGGGCAAGAAGAGGAGAAGUAUGAAGGGAAAGAGGAGUGUGCUGGUCAGAACUCACUCCCCAAAACAAUUGGUCAAAAUUAAAUGUUGUAAGAGAAAUGCGUUGCACUUCAAAAGUUUGACUACUUGAAUUUUUGUUGUUCAGAACCACCCUGUUGGAGGCUCGAAUGUCCUUUUUUUUGCCCACUCUGGGAUGCAGCAACGUGUAGUUGGCAGAAAGCACAAAGAAAUAAAAAUGAAGAAGGAAAAGUCACAUAAAUGAGUUUAAGUACAAAAAGUACAUAUCACUCAGACAUAAACAAGUGAAGGACAGACUGGAAGAAGAUGCAGUAAUAAUGUACAUAACGUGUAUUCCUGCUUUUCUUUACACACCUUUUCUGUACUACCUAGGACUGCAUACCUAAAUGUAGCUGCAUGACCUUUGCUAACACGUUAUUUAACCUUUAUCCUUUGAAUGUUGUCCUGUAGACCUGAAUGCUGUGUUCACUGCAAAUCAGCAAGAAUUCAAUGCUCCUGAUUCCAAAUGCAAGUUUGAAAGGUGUCAAAACAUUCAUCUUAAUUACAACUGAACUAAAGUUGGUUGAAAGUACAACAGCACUUAAGAUUAAUGUACUUUAAAUUAGUCUUUUAAAUCAAAUUUAAAUGAAAAUGGCUCAGUUCUUUAAUUUUAAGCAAACUUUGCCGCAUUUUAAAUUCAUCUUUGACCUAAAAAUGUUGAAUUUAAACCUUAAUGCAUUUACUCAAUUUGAAAAUAACACCUGUGUGCAAGACACACACAGACCUCGAUGCAGGAACUUGACUUCUGUGCUGAAGUUACUUCACUUUUUACUUAAAUAUAAAGUGCUUGAGGUACGGUCAGCAUACUGUACAAUAUUGCAAACUUUGUGCUAGUUGUGUGGUUGUAUUAUCAAAUUGUUUCCGUACUUAGAAACAGCUGAACAUCUAAGUGUACUUGUGUUUGACAAUUUGCAAGUUAAAAAGGCCCAGAUCUGGUUCAUGAGUCAGGAUACCCCUACUACUGUAUUUAAGUCACGUCUACUAUGAGUUCUCAUCCAAAAAAAAGUGUUCUCCCUUCUUAAUCACUGACUUUGUCACUUCAUAAGUCAUAAAUAUGCUUCUGUCGGACUGAAGCUGAAAUGUAACCAUGUGUUGCCGCGACAUACCACAACAAAAUGCAUUUUCUUGACCACAAGAAAAUUCUUCCUCCCUCUGCCUCCUAAAACCAUCUACUCCAACAUCUUUUCCCUUUUGUGAUCUAUGUUCGUAUUCAGUGACGCAGAAUGAUGCCGACAUGCAACCAACUCAGCCUUUGCUCAUAGGCACAGUUAUGUGACUCAUAAAACUAACACAAAUUAAAGCUGACGUCCCUUGCAAACAAAACUUUAGUGGAGGAAAGUUGUCCUGGAGUCUCUCUUUUGGGAACCUACCCAAUCCCUUUAACUGAUUGAGUUGAUGAAUAUGUACAUGAAUAUGUCUGUUAAAGACCCUAAAUUCACCUGCACCUUAGAGGACGUCAUUCGGAUUAAGAUCUUCGAAUUGAAAGUGAGAAUUGUAUCAUUCUAGGUAUGUUUUUAAGUAAAACAUAGCAUAAAAAGUAGGCAAAGGUUUGGGGUUAAAACAAGCAGCCAAAUGUAAGUCCUACCAGGCUAACCACUUCAAAUAAAAUUAUGGACAUCUUAUGACUUGCAUUAAACCUGUAUAUAGAACAUUAAACUUUCAAAUGCCCAAAGUUGCAUUUUUGAUUUCUUAUCAAAUCUGUAUCGCUUUUUUUUUUCCAAACACAAGAGGGCGACAUUUACCACUUAAUUUCCACUUCCUCCUGUGGACAAGAAUCUGGUCACAAAACAAGGUGUUAGGUUUGGAAAUAGUGCCAAACAACUAGAGAAUGUAGAGAUGUUUGUUUCUGGCCUCUUUGUAACAGAAAUUAUUCUUGUUGUACAGAGAUUUUUCUACAUCCUGUUCUUAUUUCUUCUCUACAAACAGAUGUUGUACAGUCUGGCAUCAUCUCAGCAGGUGAACGUCCUUUUCUUUUGGAUAUCCUUGUAGAGAAAACAAGAUAUGUAUAUUUUCAGUUUUUUGUCAUUGACACAUUUUUUCUAUAUUGUUCUAAAAACCAAUGAGGCGUUAAGGUUGCUGUUGGAGAAUGUACCAUCUACCUGCAGAGAAUUAAAUGUCAUACUGCC